GGCUAGCUUUGAUUGGCUCACUGAAGUUACCGGUGUCUGAUGUCAGUAGGAAGCGCCAUACAUUUACAACGUUUUUCUACUGUAACAUUUUGGAGUCUUACCAAAUGAACAUAAGUGCCUUUGAAUUAAUUAUUUAAACACAUACUGGACAAAUGGGGUAACCAAUCCGUCUUCUGGAAAGCAUGAGUGCUGGUUUUUACACUAGUCCUACCCGAACUCACUGGAUUUAGCCGAUCCUGACCUCAAGUCAAGAUGGAUGACAUCAACCUACACUACAGGUUCCUGAAUUGGCGGAGGAGGAUCAGAGACGUGCGUGCUGUACGCUUUCAGGAGCGCUACAAAAGAAUGCUGAAGAAUGGAGACACACUCAGCUAUCAAGGGAACUCUGAUGAAGUUGGCUGCUAUGUGGCUCCCCGUCCCUUAUCAAAGGGAAACUGCUACUUUGAGGUGACCAUAAUGGACACAGGGGUGAGAGGGACGAUAGCAGUAGGCCUGGUGCCACAGUUCUACAAGCUGGACCAUCAGCCAGGCUGGCUGCCACAGUCUGUAGCCUACCACGCUGAUGACGGCAAGCUGUACGAUGGAAACCCUGUGGGCCAGCAGUUUGGGCCCAAAUGCAACCGUGGUGACAGGAUUGGCUGUGGAAUAUACUGUGAUACCAUCGAGGCUGGGUUGACCACAGUCUUUUUCACUAAGAAUGGCAAAGAGGUGGGCUCGUUGGCGUUCCCGGUAGCGGCAGAGUGCCUGUUCCCAGCCAUCGGGAUGCACUCUCUGGGAGAGGAAGUGAGGCUGGACCUCCAGGCAGAGUGGGACAUGGAGGAGGCCGACAGCGUCAUGAUGGUGGACAGCCACGAGGACGACUGGGGACGUCUCUACGACAUCAGGGUCACUGGCACGCAGCUCCUGGAGUACGUCGGGAAGGGGAAGAGCAUCCUGGACGUGGGUUUGGCCCAGGCCAGGCAGCCCCUCAGCACACGCUGCCACUACUUUGAGGUGGAGAUAGUGGAUGCUGGAGAGAAGUGCUACAUUGCCCUGGGCCUGGCCAGAAGGGACUACCCCAAGAACAGACACCCGGGCUGGAGCCAAGGCUCAGUGGCUUAUCACGCAGAUGAUGGGAAGAUCUUCCAUGGUAGUGGGGUUGGGGAGCCGUUUGGUCCUCGCUGUAUCGAGGGUGACAUCAUGGGCUGUGGCAUCAUGUUCCCACGGGACUACAUAUCGGAUGGUGAAGAUGACAUAGAUGAGUGGGACCCGUUGGAGGUGCUGCCGAGGCAGGGCGUGGGGCGCAUCCAGAACGUUCUGUACCUGAAUGAUGAUGAUGAGGAAGAGGGGGACGAACUGGACCAGGAGCAUGACGGCAGGAAGGUCAUGGUGUUCUUCGCACGGAACGGGAAGCUGAUGGGUCGCCGUGAGGUGGUGGUGCCCCCAGGGGGGUUCUACCCCACCGUGGGGAUGCUGAGCAGCGGAGAAAAGAUCAAGGUGGACCUGCACCCCCUCAGUGGAUGAACCUGACCAACCUGCUUCCUCUUAGUGGAUAAGAUGAGUCCAGAAACCGAACACUGCACCCUGUCAUCGCCUGAGCAGUGACCACAUCAAGCCUUGCUGGGGAUCAGCGUAGUGAAACGUACCAUUUAUUUGAUCUCUGCAAACGUCUGGGAAAAUGCUGUUAAAAGGCAUAUUGUGGGCUGUAUAGGGUGCUGCCCUGUAACACAACUUGAAUAGAAUUCCAGCCUUAGUCACAACCAUCAGGACUCACUGUGGCAAGCUACCAUGAGGUCUACUGUAGGAAGAAUAUAUAUAUACACUGGUGCAGUGAAAUGUGUUGUUUUACAGGGUCAGCAAUAAUAAUUUGGCAAAUUAGGGUAAAGUGCCUUGCUCAAGGGAACAUCGAUUUUUUUUUUCUCACAUUGUUGUCUCGGGUAUUCGAACCAGCGACUACUAAAACUACCAUCAGGACUCACUGUGGCAACACUACCAUCAGGAUUCACUGUGCCAAAACUACCAUCAGGACUCACUGUGGCUAAACUAAAGGCUUAGCCUAAGACAGAGUUGUUGGAUAAUUAUGUGCAAUUUGUUGUUUCAUCAUUUUUCAUCAAACCACAUUUUUUCCCCUGUCAAAGCAAAUAGUCAGUCCUGCCUGGUCCUGGACUCUGAAACAGUGGAGCCCCUAAAAUGUCUCCCAUGAGGUCUACUGGCACACUUUAUUUCAUUUGUCAUGGCCCCAAACAUAGCAGUGCAUGUCCAACAGAGUCCGAGAGCCUGCUGGCAGUUGAUGUUAUAGGCACUAGUGAGUGAUUAGUGCUCUCCUGUGAGCACUGGAAGUUGCUUCCCAAAUGGCACCCUAUCCCUAAUAUAGUGCACUACUUAUGACUAGUGCCCUAUUUGCCCUGGACAAAAAAAUUAUGCACUAUAUAGGGAAUAGGGUGACAUUUGGGACGCCGGUAGAUUCUGUGUGACUGAGUGAGUAGUGCCCUCCUGUGAGUGCUCACUAACCUGCCUCCUGGAGCUGAGCUGAGCUUGCUAGGCCCCAGAUCUGUUAGUGCUUUAUAGCCAACUCUUAUGGUCAUUGUCAUGCCAAACAUGUACACACAGAUUUGGGACCAGGCUAGAGCUGGGCUAGGUGGGAGUAAAAAUGAUAUUCUCCAUAUCACAUGGAUGGCAUCCUGGUAUCAAGAAACCCCUUAUCAAAGAUGGGAAAUUAUGGAAAUGUGUGAAUAUACACUACAUGGUAUGUGGACAAAAGUAUAUGGACAGCCGUUCAAAUGAGUGGAUUUGACUAUUUCAGCCAGAACCGUUGCUGACAGGUGUACACAAUCGAGCCAGCUUCCAACUUUGUGGCAACAGUUUGGGGAAGGCCCUUUCCUGUUUCAACAUGUCAAUGCCCCCGUGCACAAAGCAAGGUCCAUACAUAAAUGGUUUGUCGAGAUCUGUGUGGAAGAACUUGACUGGCCUGCACAAAGCCCUGACCUCAAUCCCAUCGAACACCUUUGGGAUGAAUUGGAACGCAUACUGCGAGCCAGGCCUAAUCGCCCAACAUCAGUACCCGACCUCACUAAUGCUCUUGUGGCUGAAUGGAUGCAAGUCCCCUCAGCAAAGUUCCAACAUCUAGUGGAAAGCCUUCCCAGAAGAGUGGAGGCCAUUAUAGCAUAUUAAUGCCAAUGAUUUUAGAAUGUGUUCGACGAGCAGGUGUCCAUAUACUUUUGGCCAUGUAGUGUAUGUAUAAAUUCUAUAUCCUAUAUGUUUGACAGUAUAGAUUUAUAAUCUCCUAUAUAUUUCCCUAGAUUUCUCUCUACAUGGAAUUCUAUAACUGAAGACGUGGGAGAGAGACUGUUGGCUUUUUGUAAUGGGGGGAUGGGUGGUGAGGGUUUAGUUAAAAAUCCAAAGUACUUUUUAAGUGUACUCUAUCCACUCCCAAUGUAAUUUACAAGCGGUUUCUUUUUGCCUAAUUAUAUGUUUCGAUUCAUUUUUCAUGAACAUAUCUUCAUUGCAAUCAAAGCAGAUGAACAUAUUUUGGUUGAGGAUAGUAGAUCAACUGCACACGAGAUUAUCAAUAUGCUGACAAUGUCUUCUGCAACAGUAUGCUUUUGUCACAAGCGCGUUAGAAAUGGUUGAGUCGACUGGUGUCUGUAGUACACAGUAGAGCCAGCAGAGUGCGAUCAGCAUGCUGUUCAGCCCAAUCUAAGAGGAAUGUUUGUUUGUGGUCCCAAAUGGCACCCUAUUCCCUACGUAAUGCACAAUUAUUAUUAUUUUUUUACCAGGGCCUACUGGUCAAAAGUAGUGCAAUAUGUGGGGAAUAGGGUGCCAUUUUUGACUGAGUCUUGUCUAAAUGUAUACAGAGGAAGAGACGGAGCGCUUGUCAUUUGUUCAGAAGGUUUAAGACACUUGUUCCGAUCUCUGCCAAGUGUUUAAGGUUUGGCAGCUUUUGUGUCUUAUGUGCCCCAUGAUCCAAAUGGAUUCUGAUCAAUCUGCCAUAUUGCAUUUCUAUUUGUAUGAUUUAACUCGCCAUGAGAUAUUUCUGUGUGCAUCCCAAAUGGCAACGUAUUCCCUAUAUAGCGCACUACUUUCGACCAGAGCACUAUAGUCCCUGGUCAAAAGUAGUGCACUAUAAAGGGAAUAGGGUGCCAUUUGGGACACUGUCACCUGAAAGUGCCUCAUUCCCUUGAUAUUGACACAAUCCCACACAGCAAGCACCUCUGUAGUUACUGUUCAGGCAUCAUGAAGACCAUAGACAUGCUUAUUCAUAGAUGACAUAGAAGCACCAGAAAGAAGGCUGUACUUGUAUCUCAAUUAGGGUUGCAAAAUUGUAACUUUCCAAUAAUUCUCAGGUUUUCCAGAAAUCGUGGUUGGAGGAUUCUGGAUGUCCUGCGAGCCUUCCCUGUAGCUCAGUUGGUAGAGCAUGGUGUUUGCAACGCCAGGGUUGUGGGUUCGAUUCCCACGGGGGGCCAGCACAGAAAAAAAAAAAAAAAAAAAUUGUAUGAAAUGAAAUGUAUGCAUUCACUACUGUAAGUCGCUCUGGAUAAGAGCGUCUGCUAAAUGACUAAAAUGUAAAUGUAUUCCCUCCUGAAUCUUCCAGACAGGAUUGAUGGAAAACCUGGGAAUUUUGGGGAAAUUGUCAGAAUUUGGCAACCAUGAUCUCAAUGUAAAUGUUAGCACCUUGCCUACUUCCAGGAAGGCUGUCUUACUAAUUAAUAUAUGCAUCAAAAGGUAGUUAUUUCCAUACUACAAUUGUUUGACUUUCAUUGUUUAAUAUACAGUACCAGUCAAAAGUUGACACACCUA